AUGAUUGGUAAUGGUGUAUAAGAAUAAAAAGUUGUGGGUUUGAUGACUGAUAAGCAGGAUUUACAGAAAUAAGUCAGGGAUUAAUAAAAUCAAAUUGAUCAACUCUAAUAAAAAUAAAUUUCUCUAUAAGCAGAUUUAUUAAGUAAAACAAAAGAAUUAUAAUCAUAUGAUGCAUAAAAUUAAUAAUAACCAAAUAUUUAAUCAAAUGAGUAAUAGACAGAUCUAAUUAAUUCAUUAUAAUAAUAAUUAUCAUAAGCCAAAUAAUAAUAUUAAGAGCUAUUGGAAACUGCUUCAUAAAAUAUAACUCCAAAUGGGUUAAAAGAAAAAGUAUUAUAAUAAUAAACAACUAUUCAUGAUUAGUAGGAUUAGAUAAUAAAUUUACAAUAAUAAUUAGAAAAAGAACUUCCUAAAUUAUAAGGAUAAUUAACAUAGACUCAGUAAGAAUUAUAAGCAGCUUAAACUGAUGCAUAACUUUAAGCCAAACGAUACUAGGAUUUAUUAGCUAAGAAAUAACCAGAAAAUCAAAAAGGUGAUGAACAAUUAGAAAUUCCUUAAGAAGAAGCAAAAUAGUUAAAAUAAUAAAAUUAAGAAUUUCAAACCAAUUUGUAAAAUUUGGAGUAAGAAAAAAAAUAGAAUGCCUUAGAAUUACAAAAGUUAUAAUAAGCUAAAGAUGAAAUAGAUAGUUUGUAAAGAGAAAAAAAUUUAGCUGAAUAAUUGUAAAAUAUUUUAUAAGAAUAAGUUAAAGACUAAUAAAAUUAAAUAACAGAAUUAAAAAAAAAAGAAGAAAAUCUAAAAUAAGAAAUAAAAACUUAAAAAGAUAAUUAAAGUGAAUUAAUAGGCAAUAAUUCAUAAGGAGAUGCUCAAAAAUCUAAGGAUUAACUCCCAUUAUAAUAGUAAGGAGAAGAAAAAUAAGAAUAAGGAUAAAUUCAACCUGAAAAUGUAGAAGCUUUAAAGGAUUAAAUUGCAAAAUUAAAAUUUGAAAAGGAAUAAAACUAAAGUGAACUUGAUUCACUAUCUAAUCACAAAAAAGAAAAUGAAGACUUAAGAAAACAAAAGCUUGAACUUUAGAAUUAAGUACUAGAAAAAUAAAGCUAAAUCAAUAAAUUAUAGGAUAAUAAAAUUUAAGCAGAAAAUGUUGACAAUCAAAAUUUCAAAUUUUAAACAGAUCCUGAAAAAAAUUUAAAAAUAAGCUAACUCACUUAAGAAAAUUAAUAGCUGAAAAAUUAGAUCACUUAAAUAGAGGAUUAAAAGAAAGAAGAUCUAAAAUAAUUUUAGAAUAUGAUUGGAAAUGGAGUUAAUGAGUAAUAGAUUGUUGAUUUAUAUCGCCAAAAACAAGAACUUCAAUCAGAAAUUAGAUAAUUAUAAAAUCAGCUUGAUAAAGUAUAGCAAGAAUCCAUAUAUUUGUAAGAAUAAUUAGCUGAAAAAAAUAAAUAAAUAAUUGAUUUAAAUUAGACGUUGCCUCAAGAUGAAUAAAAACUUCUUAUUUUAGAAAAUUAGAAGGAAAUAGAAUAAUUAAAAGCUUAGCUCAAUAAAGCAAAAUAAUAGUAUUAAGAAAUCCUAGAAAUUCAAUCUUAAAAUUUAACUCCAAAUGGUUAAAAAGAAAAACUUCUUUAAAAUGCAAAAUAAAUACAUGAAUUAGAACAACUUCUUUUAGAAAAAUAAUAAGAAAUAGAAAAUUAAGUUCCAUAAUUAUAGGGACAACUAAAAGAAUUAUAACAAAAGUACACUGAUUCUUUAAAUGAAGUUUAACUUUUGAAUGAUAGAUACUAAGAUCUAUUGAGUAAGAAACCAUUAGAAAUACCAGACUAACGUGAAGAAAAUAUAGUUUUGGCUGAAUUAUAAGAAAAAUAUAAAAAUUAAGAGGAAUAAGUUAAAUAAUUAAUUUAAGAUUAAAAGCAAUCUCAAAAUAAUCAAACAAAAAUGUCUGAAGAAAUAUCUGAUCUAGUUAGAUAGAAUAACUUAUUAUAAUAGUAAUUAUAAUUAACUGAAUAAUAAUUAAAUUAAAUUUAGAAUGAAUUAAAUGAUCAAAGAUCAUUAAUUUAGUAAAAAGAUGAAGAAAUUUUGAAAUUAAAAAACGAACUCAUAGAAGCUAAUGGAGAUUUUGGGAAAUAAGAGUAUCAAAAAUUAUAAAAUCAGUAAGGAGGGUAAGACACCUCAAAUUAGGUUCCUUAAUAAAGUAAGAUUUAAUAGGAUGAUGAAAAAAAUGCUAGUGAAAUAAUAAAUUCUUUAUAAUCUUAAUUGGCAAUUUUAUAAUAAUAAGGUAAUGAUUAAUAAUAGCUCCAACAAGAAAAUGAACAAUUAAAAUAAAGUAAAUUGUAAUUAUAAAAUGAAUUAUUAAAUGCAUAAAAUACUUUGAAUUAAUUGUUUUCAGGAUAAUUACCACAAAAAGCAGAUAAUCCUUCAUUAUUAGAUCCAACUAAAGCACUUUAAAUUAGCUAAUUAUAAUAAGAAAAUUAACAAUUAAAGAAAUAGAUUAUUGAUAUAGAAGCAGAAAGAAAAGAAGAUUUGAAAAACUUUGAAAAUAUACUGGGUACUGGACCAGAAGGAAAAUAAAUUGUAUCCUUAAUAUCAGAGAAGCAACAAUUAUCUUAAAAAUUAAGGGAUUUAGAAAAUCAAAUAGAUUAAUUACAAUAAUCGCAAAUAAUUUUAUAGAGCUAACUGCUCGAAAAAAACUAAUAACUUAUGGAUCUAUACGAUGAAUAAGAUCAAUGA